AGAUCAACCCAUACCAAGGUUAAUAUACCCAUGAUCAGCCGACCAGCUUACCAUCAACAAACAUACGCACAGCCACAAUGUCAGCAAUAAUCCGGCUCCGCCCAAACCGCAUCGUCCUGACAUCGGAUGAAGUACACAACCUGAAUCCCCGUAAUGCAAACGCCAACGGUAACGGUUCCACUCCAUCCCCAGCCGCGACACUAGCGUGGGACCACAAUAUCACCCGGCGACGUGCCCGAGCGAGAGCGUCCCGUAAGUACUGUGCUGAGGCGCUAGACUUGCACGCACCGGAAUUGAAGGAAGGCAGUGAUGGAAGUGUGGAGAUUCUUGAAGAUGAGGAUGUGAGGCCGGGAUGGGGUGGUGGUGGGGAAGUGGGAGAAGGAGGAGCCGGGGAAGAGGUGGUGUUGGAAGGGAGUGGAGAUAUUUUGGUUUUGCCAUUCGAAGACGUUGGCGUGAGGGGAGUGCAGGUGGGGGAGGAGGAGGAGGGAAGGGUUCAACGUACCGACUCGGACAGUGACAGUGCCAGCCCCAGGGCAAGUGGUAGCGGCAGCAGUGAUCCUACCUUCUUUGCCCCAGGGGCUGGAGAAGUAGACGACGCAUCACAUGAUUUUAUUGACAUUGCAUACCUCGCAGACGUGGAUUUCGAUCUGCCGGAUUCUCCACUGCCUAGUCCUCCGACUAUAGAAGCAUACCUAGACGGCGCCACAGCCGCUCUGGCGUCUCUGGAUAUCUCAUCCCCAGCCACCACAACCGCAGGCGCAAAAACUCCAACUUCGCUCCGCCGCUUUGCAGAACGUGAAUCUUCGUCGCCGGGGGAUGGAGUCUCAGGCUUGUCCCCGAGACAUAAGGCCGUUGAGAGGAAAAGAUUGGCAAGGUAUAGGGAUAGAAGCCACUCUGGAAAGGGUGCCCGCUUGCGCAGAUCUAGGACUGCGGGCGGAGGAUUCGAUGGGGAUGAUGAGAAGAGCGAUAGCGAUAAUGACGAGAGUUCAGAUGAUCGCAACGAAGAUGGCGCUAGCUCUAUCGGUGAAGGGGAAGAUAAGAAAGGAACCGCGGGUGUGGACGCUAGCACUCAGGAGGAAAAAGUGGAGGCUGGAGAGUCUGCUAUGUCUGCCUCCGAGAGAAGGGAGGGUAACGCUGCUACUACUGGUACUUGUACCAGAAAUUUCAGGUAG